GCUACACAAUUCCGGCAACCCCGUUCCGAGAAGAACUCAGGAAGAGACUGGAUCCGGGUGUCUGAGAGCAGUAUAAGUGAUACAUGCGAGCCAAUCAUAGCAUACUACAACUCCCAAGAUGCCUUUUCCGCCCUCUCGGUUUCCGGUGCUGCGUAGUUUCCGGAGCGGAUCGCAACCUGGAGUCCGGAUCCGAUCCCGGUCUGCACAUUCCAAAGGUUUCAGAAAUGGCUGAAGAUGGCAGUGAUGAAACUAUGUUUAUUUGGUGUGAAGACUGUGGUCAGUACCAUGAUUCAGAAUGUCCAGAGUUGGGCCCAGUGGUGAUGGUAAAAGACUCUUUUGUAUUGAGCAGGGCAAGGUCAUCUCUUCCUUCUAACUUAGAGAUCAAACAAUUAGGAGAUGGAACUGAAGGAGUAUUUGCAAUAACUCAGUUGGUCAAGCGAACACAAUUUGGUCCAUUUGAAUCCAGGAGAGUUGCCAAAUGGGAGAAGGAAUCUGCUUUCCCACUGAAGGUUUUCCAGAAGGAUGGACACUCAAUCUGUUUUGAUACAUCCAACGAGGAUGACUGCAACUGGAUGAUGAUGGUGAGGCCAGCAGUAGAAUAUGAACAUCAGAACUUGACUGCCUUUCAGCAUGACAAUGACAUUUACUUCACUACCUCCCGGGACAUUCCUCCAGGCACCGAGUUGCGAGUGUGGUAUGCAGCUUUUUAUGCCAAAAAAAUGGAGAAGCCAGUGCUGAAGCAGGUCUCCAAUAUUGUGCAUGAACAUGUAUUGAGUCAUCUGGAACAAAUCAAAGGCAUGCCUCCAGCCAGCCAUAAUGAAAUAGCUCCAGAUAAAGAAAUAGAGGUACUUCCUAAGGAUACACCUGUUGUUUCUGAAAGUGGCAGUGCCAACAGAGAACCAAAGAAAAAGCCCCGAAGAGGUAAAAAAAACAAAACUUCAAAAGGUGAACAACCUCUUGUCAUCAUUGAAGAGAAGGAACCAGCAGUGGAUCAAGUGGCAGAAAUUAUAACAGAAAUCCCACCAGAUGAAGACCUUAACUCAACUACAGAUGAACGGAUUAUGGAGCUCGUUUUAGGAAAGCUGCCCAGUACUACAAAAGAUAUCAGUUCGGUUCCAAAGUUUACCCAUCAUCAGAAUACUAUCUCCCUCAAGAGGAGUUUAAUUCUUUCUAGCAGGCAUGGUAUACGGAGAAAGCUAAUCAAACAGCUUGGGGAGCACAAGCGGGUCUAUCAGUGCAAUAUUUGUAGUAAAAUUUUUCAGAACAGCAGCAACCUCAGUAGACACAUCCGUUCUCAUGGUGAUAAGUUAUUUAAAUGUGAAGAAUGUGCAAAAUUGUUUAGCCGAAAAGAAAGCCUAAAGCAGCAUGUUUCAUAUAAGCACAGCAGAAAUGAGAUUGAUAGUGAAUACAGAUACAGGUGUGGAACUUGUGAGAAGUCCUUUCGAAUAGAGAGUGCACUGGAAUUUCACAAUUGUAGAACAGAUGAGAAGACAUUCCAAUGUGAGAUGUGUUUCAGAUUCUUUUCUACCAAUAGUAACCUCUCCAAACAUAAGAAGAAGCACGGGGAUAAGAAAUUUUCUUGUGAGGUAUGCAAUAAAAUGUUCUACAGGAAGGAUGUCAUGUUAGAUCACCAAAGGAGACACUUGGAAGGUGUCAGGCGUGUGAAGAGAGAAGAGUUUGAAAGCAGUGGAGAGAGCGUGGUCCGAUACAAGAAGGAGCCCUCAGGAUGCCCUGUAUGUGGAAAGGUAUUUUCAUGUAGAAGUAAUAUGAAUAAACAUCUCUUGACCCAUGGAGAUAAGAAGUAUACUUGUGAGAUCUGUGGACGCAAAUUCUUCCGGGUAGAUGUGCUUAGGGAUCAUAUUCAUGUUCAUUUUAAGGACAUUGCAUUAAUGGAUGACCACCAGAGGGAAGAAUUCAUUGGUAAAAUUGGUAUUUCAUCAGAAGAAAAUGACAACUCUGAUGAAAGUGCAGACUCAGAGCCUCACAAGUAUAGCUGCAAACGGUGCCAGCUAACAUUUGGCAGAGGGAAAGAGUACCUCAAGCACAUCAUGGAGGUCCACAAGGAGAAAGGCUAUGGCUGUAGUAUCUGCAACAGACGAUUCGCCCUUAAAGCGACUUAUCAUGCACAUAUGGUUAUUCACCGGGAGAACCUUCCUGAUCCCAAUGUACAGAAGUACAUUCAUCCAUGUGAAAUUUGUGGAAGGAUUUUUAAUAGCAUAGGAAACUUGGAACGACAUAAGCUCAUACACACAGGUGUAAAAAGUCAUGCAUGUGAGCAAUGUGGUAAAUCCUUUGCCAGAAAAGAUAUGCUUAAAGAACACAUGAGAGUACAUGAUAACAUCAGGGAAUACUUAUGUGCAGAAUGUGGAAAAGGCAUGAAAACCAAACAUGCUCUUCGUCAUCAUAUGAAACUCCAUAAAGGUAUCAAGGAAUAUGAAUGCAAGGAGUGCCAUAGGAAAUUUGCUCAAAAGGUCAACAUGUUGAAGCACUACAAAAGACAUACAGGGAUCAAAGAUUUCAUGUGUGAAUUGUGUGGAAAGACUUUUAGUGAGAGAAACACAAUGGAGACCCAUAAACUAAUUCACACAGUGGGAAAACAGUGGACCUGCUCUGUGUGUGAAAAAAAGUAUGUCACAGAGUACAUGCUUCAAAAACACAUUCAGCUAACUCAUGACAAAGUAGAAGCUCAGAGUUGUCAGUUAUGUGGAACAAAAGUUUCAACCAGAGCGUCAAUGAGUCGGCACAUGAGGCGCAAGCACCCAGAGGUCCUCUCAGUUAGGAUUGAUGAUUUGGAUCACCUCCCAGAAACAACCACCAUUGAUGCCUCUUCAAUUGGUAUAGUUCAGCCUGAACUUGCUCUGGACCAGGGAGAAUUGCCAGAAGGGAAACAUAUAAAAGUUGCCAAACGAAGUCACAAACGAAAGCAAAAACCAGAUGAAGAGGAAGAAGCACUGGUAUCUGAGGAUCCCACGUUCAGUGAAUACACAGAAAAAGAAGCUGAAUUCACAGGGAAUGUGGGAGAUGAAACAAAUUCUGCUGUACAAAGCAUUCAGCAGGUGGUGGUGACCCUGGGUGAUCCAAACGUCACGACACCAUCUAGUUCAGUCGGUUUGACCAACAUUACAGUUACCCCCAUCACCACUGCAGCUGGAACCCAGUUUACAAACCUUCAGCCAGUGGCUGUUGGCCAUCUCACUACUCCGGAACGCCAGUUACAACUUGACAACUCCAUUCUGACAGUGACAUUUGACACUGUCAGUGGCUCUGCCAUGUUGCACAACCGCCAAAAUGACAUUCAGCUUCAUUCUCAGCCAGAGGCCUCUAAUCCACAGUCUGUUGCCCAUUUUAUCAAUCUAACUACCCUUGUCAAUUCCAUUACUCCCCUGGGGAACCAGCUAAGUGAACAGCAUCCUCUAACCUGGAGGGCAGUGCCUCAGACUGAUGUUCUACAGCCCCAGCAACAGCAAGUACAGCCACAGACAGGACAGUCACAAGUUCAGACUGAGCAACAACAGCAGAUGUACAGUUAUUAAGUUAUAUUACAAAAACUUUUAUGAGAACUGUAAGGAAUAAAAAAAUUUUGAAAACUU